AUGUCAACUUCCUCUUCAUCGUCCUCCACCCAAGGAGGAGAGCUCGAAGCUGGCCCUUCAUCCUCUCGCAGUAGAAUGAGGUCAAGCAAUGACGUUUGGCCCGAGCCCUUCCUCGAAGCCCUCGCUGUCCAUGUCGCCGUUGAUGCCUCUCGCACCAUCGGCCGCCUCGCCGCUGCUCAAGCCCUCUUCAACAUUUUUCAGGUGUGUUCGACGUGGCGAGCCAUAUCACGGUCCGAUCUUCUGUGGCAAAACCUGGCGCGAAGCAUCUGGAACGUUGGCGAGCUCGUCCUCCGCGCGUCGUGGCGGGAGGAGUACGUCUACCGCCACCGCACAGCCGCCGCUUUCCGGUCGCGCAGGUACGAGCACGCAACCCUCCAGUUCGUCAACGACGACGGCCUCAUCUGCCGCCGCCUCGCUCUCUCCGACCAUCACCUCGCGGCGGGUUUCUCCGACGGCGCCGUCCGCCUCUUCCACAUCCCCAGCCGCCUCCACCUGUCCACCUUCUACCCGCAGUACCGCGACCGCCUCGGCCGCUCCAGCGCCGUCUCCGGGAUCAUCCUCUUCCACUCCCGCCUCGUCUUCGCCACCCUCGACGGCGACAUCCACAUGGCCGCCUUCAACGCCGUCUCUCCCCUCCGUAGGGCCCACCUCGGCGAUGUCGUCAAGGACGGCGUUCUAGUCGACUUCGCCGGCUGCCAUCGCUGGUGGGUCGGUCUCUACGCAGGUGUUCCGGGGCGGGCAUUCCGCAUAUGGAACGGAGAAACGGAAGAGCUGGUUUCUUUCGGUGGCAGGCUGACCGAUCCGGAGGCAGUGAUGGGGUGGCGUAUGCUGACGGAGCUGACCGGAAUCAUUGGCCGGAUCAGGGUGGUAAGCGGCGACAUGGCGGUGGCAUGCACCAGGGAUAGGGUUGUGGUGCUCCACUUGCUAAACCAAGGGGUAUUGGAGGAGAGGGAAGAGGAGUUUCAGAGAGGAAUCGUUGUAGGCGCCUUUGACGCCUACAACGAUUUGGCCCUGGUGCCCGACGCACAGGGAGAAGCGACUGUGCGUCGGGUGGGUGGCAUGGAGGAGGUGUGUAGGUUCACAAUGAGAGAGGGGGUUUCAUUUGGGUGCAUGAAUGGUGGGUAUGGAGUGACAUGGGGUGGUGGGGUGAUUAGGGUUUGGGAUAUUGAGCGUGGUCAAUAUUUGUAUAGUUUUAGAGAGAGAAUUGGAGAGUGCAAUGCCCUAAUUGCAGAUGGGAGGUUUGUGGCUGCAUGCUGUGAUGAUGCUACCAUUCAUUUGUGGGAUUUUGGGGCUCAAUAAUAAUCAUAUAAAAAAGUGUAGGGUUUUCAAAAUGUGUUAGGGUUUUAGCUUGAUUGGUGUGGUUGAAAUUAAAUCUUGGGAAAUUAGGGUUUUUGACAUUAGUCAUUUUCAUGGUUUAGGGUUUUAGGGAGAUAGAAGUAUUUGUCUGUUAUUAGUAAGG